GCUGCCGCGGAGGCGUCUAUUAUCGACCAAACCAAUCUGCUCCCGAAGAGACAACUGCUCGUCGUCUUUGGCGUACUAGCGAUUUCGCUGUUCAUAUGUUUUGUUGAUCAGAAUGGCAUUGGUGUCAUACUGCCAACCAUAUCUCGGGACCUUGACGCCGCCGAUACCAUAUCCUGGGCUGGCACAUCAGCUCUCAUCGCGAACACAGUCUUCCAGGUUCUUUUCGGACGACUAUCGGAUCUUUUCGGAAGAAAGGUCGUCCUCCUCUCAGCACUAGUCUUGCUUGCAAUCUGUGAUCUCCUCUGUGGUCUCUCACAAGAUGCCACUAUGCUUUACGUCUUUCGUGGAUUCGCUGGUGUUGCCAAUGGCGGUAUUACAAGCUUGUCCAUGAUGAUAGUGAGCGACAUUGUGACACUCAAGGAGCGAGGCAAGUAUCAAGGCAUCCUGGGUGCCUGCGUUGGGCUAGGCAACAUGGUAGGCCCUUUCAUCGCAGCAGCAUUUGCACAGCACUCCACCUGGCGAGGUCUUUUCUGGCUAGUCAGUCCGCUCGCAGCACUCUGUUGCUUGAUAUGCUUCUUCAUUCUUCCUGCCUCGAAAAGUUCUUCAAAUCCGAACUUCAAGGUCGUCACAAAGAAGAUUGAUUACUGGGGUAUUCUGUUUGGUUCGGCGGCGAUAGUGCUCAUAUUGAUCCCCGUAUCUGGAGGUGGAAGCUAUUUUUCUUGGAACAGUCCUCUUGUCAUCUCGAUGUUGGCCAUUGGGGGUAGUUGUGCUCUAGCGUUCCUUUUUAUUGAACACAGAGUCGCCGUACUUCCUAUGAUGCCUUUGUCAUUGUUCAAGAAUCCACCGGUCUGUGUGCUGCUUCUACAGAACUUCCUCUUUGGUAUUGUCUACUACUCACAGCUCUAUUAUCUUCCGCUCUUCUUCCAGAACGCACGACGCAUGUCCCCAGUCACAUCAGCCGCCCUCGUGUUGCCGAUCACCGCUGCACAAAUGACUCUGUCAAUUCUCUCAGGCCAGUAUAUAUCUCGACGCGAGCGUUACGGCGAAGUCAUCUGGCUAGGCUUCUUUCUCUGGACACUUGGAGUCGGUCUCACUUGUAUCUUCGACCUUAACACACCGAUAGCUGCCAUCGUGAUCAUCUUGCUUGUCCAAGGGGCGGGAGUGGGCCUGAUAUUUCAGCCAACGCUGGUCGCACUACAAGCCCAUUGCUCUAAAGAGCAGCGCGCGGUGGUAAUAUCCAAUCGCAACUUCCUGCGCAGUCUGGGUGGUGCUGUAGGCCUUGCAAUCUCUGCCGCUGCACUCCAGAACUCCUUGAGGAAAGCUAUGCCUCCCCAAUUCGCCUCGUACCUCUCUUCUUACGACACUCCAGAUUUUGGAGCCUUGGGAGCUUCGCCGGAGCAGAUACAAGAUGUACUACGGGCCUAUGCUACCGCAAGUAGAACGGUCUUUAUCAUGAAUGUACCAUUCAUGGGACUCUGCCUCAUUGGUUGCAUUCUCAUCAAGGAUCGUGGGCUACAGCGUCCUGAUGAGGUAAAACAAACUGAUCUCAGCGAAGAUGGGCACAACAUGGUGGAAAAGAGUUGUGAGAACAAGACGAGUGGUGUUUUGCAUUCCGCCUAUGGAGCUUCAGAGCCAAAUAUGGCUGAAGAUGUGGAAAGUCUUCAUAUACCAGAACAGCGACAGCUGUAA